UUCCUCCCCUGGAGCCACAGCUUGGGGCUUUUCUGCUCUGGGAACGGAGCUCUGGAAAAUCUGCGUAGGCCAGUGCUCAGCGCCAGCCCCAGCACAAAUAAGGGCAGGAGGACCAGCAGGCUCUCCCCGAGCCUGCGAGUGUCGUUGUCCCCACCCUGGGUGCUCCUGAUGGAGAUCUCAGCUCCCUGGCUGUCCUGGGGAGGUUUCCACAGCUCCGGAGGUUUGGCGGAGCCUGCGGUGCCUCCCCUCCCAGCCCUGGACGCGGGCUGCACACAGCAGCGGCGCUGCCGCAAUGAAGGCUGCGGCCCCGGCGUGGGGGGGACACCCCGAGCCCCCGAGUCUGGGGGUGCUCUCUGGGCUCCCCGUGCUGCUCCUGGCCCUGCUGGGGCCGCUCAGCGUCCCUGCGGCUCGUGGGGACUGCGGGCCCCCUCCUGCCAUGAGCCACUCCAGGCCCUCCAGCAGCUCCAGCAGCUUCCCGGUGGGGUCCCGGGUGACGUUCAGCUGCAGCGGCGGCGCCCGCAGGAUCCCGGGGCUGCCCGACACCACCGAGUGCCUGCCCGGCGGCGUCUGGUCCAGGCUGCCCGAGCCCUGCGGCCGGAGCUGUGCUGCCCCAGCCAGGCUGAGGUUUGCUGCCCUGUCCAAGGAGGACAAGAGGAGGAAUUUCUUCCCUGUUGGCACCAACGUGAGCUACGUCUGCCGGCCGGGCUACGAGAACAUCUCAGAGAGCUCCUCCUCCAGCACCUGCCUCGAGAACCUGACGUGGUCACAGCCUGCUGAGCUGUGCAGGAGGAGGUCCUGCAGUGCCCCAGCAGCGCUGCCCGGGGGGAGGAUGGGGCCCCUCACAGACCUGCAGCUGGGAGCACGAGUGGCUGUGUCCUGCCAGGAUGGGUAUAAAUUAGUCGGGAAUAAUUUCAUCUGGUGCCAGCUGAAAGGAAACGAUGUUGAAUGGAGCAAACUUCCAACUUGUGAACUGAUCACCUGCUCCGCGCCUCCUCCCAUCAGGCACGGCACGCACGAUGGGCACGGGCUGGAGGUUUUCGUUUGGAACUCCACGGUGAGCUACAGCUGCGAGCCCGGCUUCCAGCUGCGGGGGGAUGGGAGCAAAAGAGCCUGGCUCCAGGGUUCAGCCUGCGAGCAUCGCACCGAGCCGAAGCCGCAGCUCUUGGUUCUGGGAGCCGCUCCCUGCGGGGGCUCGGCAUCCCUGCGGGUCCUUGACAAACUCUUCGCUCCGUUCCUUUUGCCUUAUGCAGCCGCCAUCCCCAUCCAGGCCAGCGAGCUGUGGAAGUGCAGCCAAGCUUUGGAGGACGGAGAUGUUUCCUGGAAGGUGCGGAAUAAGGCGGAGAAGGAGCGGCUGAGCGGGAUGAGGGGGAUGCGCGGCGUGCCUGGGGACUGCGGGCCGCUGCCGAAUAUCAGCCACGCCGAGCCUCGCGGGGACCUCAAACAGCAGCAGAGCUUCAGUGUGGGCUCCACAGUGACCUUCGGCUGUGUCCCGGGUUACACCAAGCGCCCCCUCCUCUCCGACACCAUCCGGUGCCUGCAGAACUCCCGCUGGUCCAGCCUGCCCGACUUCUGCGGCCGUUUUGAGAACACCACAGACCAGCCCCCCACCAGCACCUGUUUGGACGACUUAACGUGGACAGAAGUUCCUACACUGUGUCAGAGGAAAUCUUGUGGUAUUCCAGCCAAACCAGAGCACGGCCAAGUGUUCCUCAUAAAAGAUCAUCUGCUGGGAGCAACAGCCAAGGUGGUUUGUGACCGUGGGUACAGAUUAAAGGGAGCAUCACCUUCCAUCAGGUGUCUCCUGCAGGGUGACAAAGCUGUCUGGAGUCCUCUUCCAGUUUGUCAAGCUCUUUCCUGUCCCCCUCCUCCAGCCAUUCCCCGGGGGCAGCACAGCGCGAACAGCUCGGGGCAGUUCGCGCUGGGCUCCGUCACACGCUACAGCUGCGAGGCGGGGCUGGAGCUGGUGGGCGAGGCCACCCUGCGCUGCGGGGACAAUGGCACCUGGAGCGGGGCCCCUCCCGCCUGCCGAGUUCCCCCAGUAGCCCUUGGAAUUCUAGCUGGGAUCAUCAUGAGGCGGAAAGAGAGUGAAAAGCACUCUUAUAACGUGAAUUUACAAAAGCACGAGGUGAAGGGGAGGGAUGCAGCAAUGCACCCAGAGGUUACGGAUGAGAAGAAGCAACCCAAACCCUGGAAUUCCUAUUUUUGCCUGCAGGGCCCCAUCUGCCCUCCCUGCACGGACCGGCAGCUCCUGGCCCUCGUCCAGGGGGGCACGGCCAGCAGCCCCGUGUGUCCCCUGGCCGGGGAGGGGCCCCCAGCCCACCUGGUGCCCCCGCAGAGCCCCGGCUGCCACGCCUGCCCCGUGUGCUCGGUGCCCACCCACGCUCACCUGUGCCAGCCCAGCGCCUGGCACCCCAUGACCUUUGGUUCCCCCAUUUCCCCCAGUGCCUUCCUGCUAGCAGGAACACGCCUCUGUCCUGGGGAUCCCCCAGCAGCAUCUCCUUCCUCCCCCGGGGGGAACUGGGGUGCCCAUAUCUGCCCCGUGCCCCGGCAGCCGCUGUCCGUGCUGGGGAUGGUGCCCACCUUCACCCUCUGCCUGCUGGGCAGCGCUGCCCUGCUCCUCAGCACCACGCCCAGGGCUCAAGCUGUCCAUUGCCCCUUCCCAAGAGUCCAGUAUGGGACGGUGUUCCCUCAUCACCGUCACUACAGGAAAUGGCAAACUGUGACCUUCACCUGCAGCCCGGGGUACACCCUGCGGGGUCCCCACCGCAGCACCUGCGGAGCCGGCUCCAGGUGGGACCCUCCCCCGCCAGAAUGCCAAAAGGAGGUGACAUGUCCCCGGGCACCGAACAUCGCCAACGGGCGGCACAGCGGGCAUCCCUCGGCCAGGGCGUCCCGGGGAGUGACCGUGUCCUACAGCUGCCAGGAGGGCUUCCAGCUGCUGGGCAGUGUGUCCAUCACCUGCACGGACUCCGGGCUCUGGAGCCGGCCCCUGCCCCGCUGUGAAGCGAUCGGCUGCCGGGUACCCGAGGUGCAGAACGGCAAGGUCCACAACCUGCAGAGCACCUACAGAGCUGGAGAGACUCUGCACUUUUCCUGUGAUGCUGGUUACACCACAGAGGGCCCCGAUGAGGCUCGGUGCCAGCCCGGGGGCAUUUGGGACCCGCCGGUGCUCGUGGGCCAGAGAGCGAUCGGCUGCCGGGUACCCGAGGUGCAGAACGGCAAGGUCCACAACCUGCAGAGCACCUACAGAGCUGGAGAGACUCUGCACUUUUACUGUGAUGCUGGUUACACCACAGAGGGCCCCGAUGAGGCUCGGUGCCAGCCCGGGGGCAUCUGGGACCCGCCGGUGCUCGUGUGCCAGAGAGUCCGGCCGUGCCCGAUGCCUCCAGAGGUCGCCAAUGGAAAUCACAACGGGCAGGACAAAGCGUUCUUUACCGCUGGGAUGUCUGUAAGGUACACCUGCAAUGCCGGCUUUUACCUGGUUGGAAAUGCCGCUGUGUUCUGCAGAGCAUCGGGGAACUGGAGCCAGCCCCGCCCUCGCUGUGAAGAGGUGACAUGUCCCCGGGCACCGAACAUCGCCAACGGGCGGCACAGCGGGCAUCCCUCGGCCAGGGCGUCCCGGGGAGUGACCGUGUCCUACAGCUGCCAGGAGGGCUUCCAGCUGCUGGGCAGUGUGUCCAUCACCUGCACGGACUCCGGGCUCUGGAGCCGGCCCCUGCCCCGCUGUGAAGCGAUCGGCUGCCGGGUACCCGAGGUGCAGAACGGCAAGGUCCACAACCUGCAGAGCACCUACAGAGCUGGAGAGACUCUGCACUUUUACUGUGAUGCUGGUUACACCACAGAGGGCCCCGAUGAGGCUCGGUGCCAGCCCGGGGGCAUUUGGGACCCGCCGGUGCUCGUGUGCCAGAGAGUCCGGCCGUGCCCGAUGCCUCCAGAGGUCGCCAAUGGAAAUCACAACGGGCAGGACAAAGCGUUCUUUACCGCUGGGAUGUCUGUAAGGUACACCUGCAAUGCCGGCUUUUACCUGGUUGGAAAUGCCGCUGUGUUCUGCAGAGCAUCGGGGAACUGGAGCCAGCCCCGCCCUCGCUGUGAAGAGGUGACAUGUCCCCGGGCACCGAACAUCGCCAACGGGCGGCACAGCGGGCAUCCCUCGGCCAGGGCGUCCCGGGGAGUGACCGUGUCCUACAGCUGCCAGGAGGGCUUCCAGCUGCUGGGCAGUGUGUCCAUCACCUGCACGGACUCCGGGCUCUGGAGCCGGCCCCUGCCCCGCUGUGAAGCGAUCGGCUGCCGGGUACCCGAGGUGCAGAACGGCAAGGUCCACAACCUGCAGAGCACCUACAGAGCUGGAGAGACUCUGCACUUUUCCUGUGAUGCUGGUUACACCACAGAGGGCCCCGAUGAGGCUCGGUGCCAGCCCGGGGGCAUUUGGGACCCGCCGGUGCUCGUGUGCCAGAGAGUCCGGCCGUGCCCGAUGCCUCCAGAGGUCGCCAAUGGAAAUCACAACGGGCAGGACAAAGCGUUCUUUACCGCUGGGAUGUCUGUAAGGUACACCUGCAAUGCCGGCUUUUACCUGGUUGGAAAUGCCGCUGUGUUCUGCAGAGCAUCGGGGAACUGGAGCCAGCCCCGCCCUCGCUGUGAAGGGACUGUCUGCAUCAACCCAACUGUAGCCAACGCAAGGCAAGUUGGUGGCCACGGAGCUCUCUCUGCCCCCGGGCAAUCGGUGACAUUUCGGUGCCAGGACGGUUACAGCCUGCGGGGCAGUGCCAGCGUGUCCUGCCAGGAGGAUGGCAGCUGGCAGCCCCCUGCUCCCGAGUGUGACAGAGCCCUGCCUGAGCAGAACUCCUCCAGCAGGCCUCCAGGGAAACAGUGCAGUCACCCUGGUGAGCCUAUGAAUGGCAAGAUUAUUUCCCUGACAAAUCUCCAGCUUGGGUCUACAGUGGUUUACAGCUGUGAGGAAGGGCACAGGUUAAUUGGAAAAGCCAGCAGGCGCUGUGAGGUCUCUGGGGGACGUGUUGCAUGGAGUGGGGAUGUUCCCCUCUGUCAGCGCAUCCCUUGCGAGCCGCCUCCGGACAUCCCCAACGGGCGGCACUCGGGGAGGCUGCAGGACGAGUUCCACUACGGCACCUCGGUGACCUACACCUGCAGCCCCGGGCUCGCCCUGCACGGGGAGCCCUCCAUCCACUGCACCACCCGCGACGGCUACAACGGCGUGUGGAGCGAGCCCCUGCCCGCCUGCGGAGCUGGCUGCAGAGCCCCUGCCAGGCUGGGCUUUGCCGAGCUGAAGGAGCCCCACAGGAACCGAACGGUGUUUCCCGAGGGGAGCAGGGUGGAAUACGAGUGCCAGCCUGGCUACACCCCGCUCCUGGGCGUGUCACCAGCCAUCACCUGCCUCAGCAACCAGACCUGGUCUGCAGCGCCGCAGUUCUGUAAAAGGAAGCAGUGUCCCAACCCAGCGAACCCAGCGAACGGCCGGGCUGCUGUCCUGACAGAUCUCCUCUUCGGAUCCAAAAUCAAUUACACGUGUGACAAGGGGUACAAGCUGGUGGGAGGCUCCCACAGAAUUUGUGAGGUCUCUGGCACAGGUGUCUCGUGGAGUGGGGAUCCUCCUGUCUGCCAGCGUAUCACCUGCGCUGCCCCUCCGGCCAUCGCCCAGGGCACGCACAGCGGGGGCUCCAGGGACAGUUUCUCCUUCGGGGACGUGGUCACCUACACCUGCGCCUCGGGGCUGGCCCCAGCUGGAAACACCUCCCUGUCCUGCACCUCCCUGGACGGGGAGCACGGCACGUGGAGCGGGGCAGUGCCACGGUGCCAAGAGGUGAGGUGUCCUGCGCCCCCCAGCAUCGCCAACGGGCGGCACAGUGCCAGCCCCGGGGCCGGGCACAGCCCGGGCUCGCUGGUUCUCUACUCCUGCGCCGAGGGCUAUUCCCUGCGGGGCAACGCCUCCAUCCGCUGCACGGCCAAGGGAACCUGGAGCCGGCCCCAGCCCCGCUGCCAAGCAACCGGCUGCACCAGGCCAGAGAUCGAGAAUGGAAAAGUCAGUGGGCUGGAGACCACCUACAUGCUGGAGGACACCAUCUUCUUCGAGUGCAACUUUGGCUACGCCUUGAACGGCUCUCAGGGGUCUCAGUGCCAGUUCGGGGGCAAGUGGCACCCUCCAGUCCCCACCUGUGAGAAGUUGCCGCCGUGUCCUGCCCCUCCAGUUAUCAGAAAUGGCCAUCACGACAGCAAGGGUGUGAGCGAGUUCAUCCCUGGCACGUCAGUGAAGUACCGCUGUGACCCUGGGUACAUCCUCACCGGGAAAACCACGGUUUCCUGUUUGCCCUCGGGAGUCUGGAGCAUCCCCUACCCCCACUGUGAAGCGAUCACCUGCAGCAGCCCCAGCAUCAAGGACGGGGAGGUGGCAGAGGGCCGGAGGGCUGCGUACCACCCUGGGGACAAGGUCACCUUCCAGUGCCACCCGGGCUUCGUGCUGAGGGGCAGCCGAGGGGCCGAGUGCCAGCCCGACAGCCACUGGGUGCCCGCUGUCCCCACCUGCCAGCCAGCUGGUUGUGGCACACCAACACCGCUGCUGUUUGCUGAGCUAAGCAAGGAAUAUGAAAAUCAGACUGAGUUUCCUGUUGGGAUGACUGUGAACUACACUUGCCGGCCUGGAUAUGUGGAACAGCCACAGAUAUCACCAACUAUCACAUGUCUCGACAAUCUAACGUGGUCUGAAGCUCAGGAGUUUUGCAAAAUGCUGCAAUGCCCUUCACCUCCAAAUAUUGACAAAGGAAACCAUAACAGCCAGGACUUGGAGGUUUUUCCCACUGGGAUGGUUGUGAACUACAGCUGUGACCCUGGCUACAGCCUCCAGGGACAGGCAUCCAUCUACUGCACUGACUCUGGCAACUGGAGCCUCCCUCUCCCUCAGUGUGCAGGUGGCUGUGGUGCACCUCCAAACCUCAGCUUUGCUGAGCUAACCAGGGAAUACAAAAACCAGCAGGAAUUUGCAGUUGGGGACACCGUGCGCUACAGCUGCCGGCCGGGACACUUGAGACGUCCUGGAAUGCCCCAAACUCUGACUUGCCUCCAAAACCACACGUGGUCUGAAGCCCUAGAGUUCUGUAAAAGGAAGCAAUGUAAACAGCCAGACCCCCCCAGGAAUGGCAGAGUUGUUCUCACAGAUCUCCUCUUUGGGUCGACCGUGAACUAUACGUGUGAUGAAGGGUACAGACUGGUUGGACAGUCCCACAGGAGAUGUGAGAUUUUGGGACGAGAUGUUGCCUGGACUGGUCUGCCUCCCAUCUGUCAGAGGGUGGCGUGCCCAGUCCCACAGAUCCAGAAUGGGAGGGUGGCUGUCCCCAAGCUCCGCUACACCUACAGGGACUCUGUCACCUUCAAGUGCCGCAGAGGCUUCACCCUGCGAGGCCACCCCAGCUCCCAGUGCCGAGGGGACAGGAGGUGGCACCCACCCCCACCUGUCUGUGAGCAGGAUGGAAUGGCAGAACGUUUUCACCACCCUGAUACCACAACAAAGCCAGUGCUGCACUGCUCCAAGCCUGCAAAUAUCACCAACGGGUCUUUCAGUGGCCCAGCAAAAGCAGUUUUUACUCCGGGAACAUCUGUGAACUACAUCUGUGAGCCUGGCUUCUCUCUCCUGGGGACAGCAUCCAUUUAUUGCACAGCAUCGGGAGCCUGGAGCCAUCCCCCUCCCGUCUGCCAAGCUGUGAAGUGUCUGCAGCCUCCAAACAUCCCCAAUGGGAAGGUGAGAGGCAACACCUCAGCCCCCUUUCCCUCCGGAGCCGCGGUCUCCUACAGCUGCAAUCCUGGUUACUCACUGCUCGGGAGCGCUGUCAUCAACUGCACGGGGUCAGGAUCCUGGAGCCAGCCCCUCCCGCAGUGCCAAGGUGAGUCCGGGAUUCCUGGGAAUCCCAUGUGCGACUGGAGCCAGCCCCUCCCGCAGUGCCAAGGUGAGUCCGGGAUUCCUGGGAAUCCCAUGUGCGACUGGAGCCAGCCCCUCCCGCAGUGCCAAGGUGAGUCCGGGAUUCCUGGGAAUCCCAUGUGCGACUGGAGCCAGCCCCUCCCGCAGUGCCAAGGUGAGUCCGGGAUUCCUGGGAAUCCCAUGUGCGACUGGAGCCAGCCCCUCCCGCAGUGCCAAGGUGAGUCCGGGAUUCCUGGGAAUCCCAUGUGCGACUGGAGCCAGCCCCUCCCGCAGUGCCAAGGUGAGUCCGGGAUUCCUGGGAAUCCCAUGUGCGACUGGAGCCAGCCCCUCCCGCAGUGCCAAGGUGAGUCCGGGAUUCCUGGGAAUCCCAUGUGCGACUGGAGCCAGCCCCUCCCGCAGUGCCAAGGUGAGUCCGGGAUUCCUGGGAAUCCCAUGUGCGACUGGAGCCAGCCCCUCCCGCAGUGCCAAGGUGAGUCCGGGAUUCCUGGGAAUCCCAUGUGCGACUGGAGCCAGCCCCUCCCGCAGUGCCAAGGUGAGUCCGGGAUUCCUGGGAAUCCCAUGUGCGACUGGAGCCAGCCCCUCCCGCAGUGCCAAGGUGAGUCCGGGAUUCCUGGGAAUCCCAUGUGCGACUGGAGCCAGCCCCUCCCGCAGUGCCAAGGUGAGUCCGGGAUUCCUGGGAAUCCCAUGUGCGACUGGAGCCAGCCCCUCCCGCAGUGCCAAGGUGAGUCCGGGAUUCCUGGGAAUCCCAUGUGCGACUGGAGCCAGCCCCUCCCGCAGUGCCAAGGUGAGUCCGGGAUUCCUGGGAAUCCCAUGUGCGACUGGAGCCAGCCCCUCCCGCAGUGCCAAGGUGAGUCCGGGAUUCCUGGGAAUCCCAUGUGCGACUGGAGCCAGCCCCUCCCGCAGUGCCAAGGUGAGUCCGGGAUUCCUGGGAAUCCCAUGUGCGACUGGAGCCAGCCCCUCCCGCAGUGCCAAGGUGAGUCUGCGAUUCCUCGGAAUCCCAUGUGCGAGAUUCGAUGUGAAUUCCCGGAUGUCCAAGGUGUUAAAAAGGCCAUUAAAGGAAAUACUUAUCGCUCUGGCACUAACGUCACUCUUGAAUGUGACGAUGGUUACAUGCUGGAAGGCAUCAGUCACACCCAGUGCCAAGAGGAUUUCAGCUGGGACCCUCCCGUGCCAGCCUGUAAACUGACGUCCCCCAAGUCCGGGUCAGUGGGCCUAGGCUGUGUCUCCCGUGCUGUCGCACCUCGGUGUGUUUCCCUGCUCGCUGCUGAGGUGCUGUGCUGCUUUCUCCCUGCUCUCCCAGGGGAGUGUCCCCGGCCGGAGCGGCUGCAGUACGCGGAGCUCGACCCCGGCUCCAGGGAAAUGCAGAAUUUUCCCGUCGGGAGCCGAAUCUCCUUCACCUGCCGCCCGGGAUACAUGAACGUGCCGGGGAUGUCACGCACCUGGACGUGUGGUGAUGACCUGCAGUGGUCAUCCGAAGGCGUGUUCUGUAAAGCAAGAAAAUGUACAUACCCAGGAGACUUGGAAAAUGGUUAUUUUGAUCCAACAAAUCUUUCACUUGGUUCAAAGCUGACAUUUUCUUGUAAUGAAGGGUACAGGCUACGGGGUAAGGAAGAAAUUUCCUGUAUUAUCAAGGGUGGAGGUGUUGACUGGAGUGGACUUCUGCCUUACUGUGAAAAGAUUCCUUGUGAGCCACCUCCCAGAAUAGCCAACGGGGAGUACGAGGAGAGAGAGAGCUACGUGUACCAGAGCUCGGUGACCUACAGGUGCCUGGAUGUGCCCAGUGGCAGUGAUCCCUUCUCCCUCAUUGGCCCAAGCACCAUUCACUGCACAGCUGAUGCCCACUCAAAUGGAGUUUGGAGUGGGCCACCUCCAGAAUGUCGAGUGGUCAAAUGUGAAGAUCCCAGUGUUGAAAAUGGGAGAAAAACAUCUGGAUUUGGAAAUUCCUACACUUACAAGAACUCAGUUGUGUUUGAGUGUUUUCUAGGCUAUUUCCUGGUUGGAGCAGAGGUAAUUACCUGUGAAGAAAAUAGCAACUGGGUUCCUCCAAUACCAACUUGUGAGAAAAUUACUGCAGAUACUUGUCCUGCCCCGAAGAUCCCCAAUGGGGUCCUGGUUUCAAGCAAACCUUCCUAUGGGAAGGGAGAGUCUGUGCAGCUCAGGUGCAAUGCUGGCUGCUCCUUCCCUGGUGGCUCUGCAGAGGUGACAGUGACCUGUCAGGGACAGGGCUCCUGGACUGCUUUACCAUCCUGUGCCUGUGAGUCUGAAGGUUCUGGUUCCACACCAGUCAUAAGUCAUGGGAGGGUGACAGCUGGACAAAAACCCUCCUACUCUGUGGGGGAUUCCAUCACCAUUGAGUGCUACUCAGGGUACACCUUGCAUGGGGAGGCUCAGAUUCAGUACAUUGGGAACAACCAGUGGGAGCCUGCAGUGCCAACCUGCCAGCUCAGUGGAUAUAUUAUAGCCAUCAUCUGUUUGAUUGUGGUAAUUGUGAUGCUCCUGGCAGCCUUCUGGAUCUACAAGAAAUUCUUCUCACAGAAUGGCUCGUACACAGUUGAUGAGAGUUGCAAGGAAAUUUGUAUUUUAAAAACUAAUGUCCCAGCUGAGAUGGAAGAAACUGCACAAAUGAAUUAAUGAAAAGGAAACGUGACAGCACUCCCAGUUGUGCCGAAUAUAAGAUGUGUAAAGCAUGAGUGACCUUUUGGGGGUGGGAGGGAUUUGCAGAGGAAUAUCCCUGUCAGAGCUGGAAAAUGAUUGAUUGCCCUUGCAGUGAGUUGCUGUCCAUGAGUUCCUUGUGCUGUGUCUUGCUCUGCUGCUGAACUGGAGGAGGAGGUGUGUGAUAGGAUCAGAAGUGUGUGUGCAUACAGAUAACACAGACAGAUCCUGCUUUGCCUCCUGGGCCCCUCCCUGUCCUUCUGUGCUCGUGGGCUGGGGGAAAGGCAGUACCUGCAGCAUGCCAGAGUCUGUGGGAGUGCUGCAAGGUCACUGUCCCAGUGCCAGCUGCUGCUGCCUGCUGCCUUCACUGCCACCUUACAGUGGCUUACAGAAGAUGUCAGAUAUUCUCCUCUCUCUCUGCUCCCUCAAACCUGGUUGUCCUUCCCAUCCCUUUUUGCACUUGAGAUGCUGUAAAUGGUUCUGUUGUUUCCUUUGUGCUCUGAAAUGUGUUGUUGCUCAUUCCCUGGAGAAUCUGGUGCCAUUUAGGGCGAUGUCUUUUGGAAACUCUCACAAUUAAGAUCUUACAUACUCUACCUCUUUGUCUGCCAAAGUUGGUUGCUGUAUAUAUAAUGAAUUAAAGUGUGCCUUGAAAUCAGACUUUUAUAGCUUUUCCUUUGCUUCUGAGAAGGAAAAAAGCCAUAUAUAUUCUGAUUCUUUGCUAUAAUCCCCCAAAGACUGCAGUGGAUUUGUUGGAACUGCAAACUGAAGCAUUCUGUAGCAAAGGCAUCCCCUGCCUGUUGACAGGAGGUCCCUAAUUAAAGGAACUGCUAAGAGCUCAGUGGGGGCCAUGUCCUGUCAUGAGCACAGUGGAAGUUCCUUAGGGUGCUUGAUUUUAGUGAGCCUUGAUGUCAGUUCUGGAGAUCUUCUGUUGCUUUCAAGGAUAGAAACAGGUGCUGUGUCAUCCACCUGCCUUGCUUCUUCACUUGAGCUCACGUACUCCACAUUUCUAACCUCUGGCUGCAGACUGGGAUGUUAAAUCAAGCUCUGAAAAGCUGCAUUUAGCAUCAGAUUGCUGUUUAGAAGCAGAAGCUUUUCCCUGUCACCCACUUCUCGUGUGCAAGGAAAGCCAAACCAGUUCAAUUGUGGGAGAUGUGGUGGUCUCUUGUUUGCUGCUUGUCCAUCAAAUGUUUUAGUCCAGAUUCUGACUCCAGGAGCUCCCACCACAAUGUUUGCCACUAGUUGAGACUCACUGCUACAUCCAAUUGCUAAAUCUUAACUAGAACAGGUUUUAGCUUCACGAGUCUCACUGUCAGCAUCCAGGCAGCUUCUGAUUUUCACAGAAAACCCAAAUAGUCUCACUUCAGAUGCCUGAGGCAGCGUUGAAACUGCUCUGGCUUGUCUGUGGCUGCUUGGCACUGCUCUCCCUGUCAUCAACAGCUUGUUGGAGUGGCACUGAGCUGUUUGGGGCUUGAUGGGGCUUUUUGGGACAAUCCCAGCAGUCGUAUUGUUGGAGUUCAUAAUAGGCUGUGCUUAUUAGAAAGGGGCUUUGGCUCUGCAGGAGGAUUUGCUGUUCGUGGCCUGGCUGAUAGCUCAGUUUGAGAGAUGUUUGUAAACACUGGGAUGUGUGACUGGGACUGAGUGUGGUGCUGGUCAGGAGCUCAGCUUGCUUUGUGUGGCAUCUGCAAUGUGCUGAAAUACACUGGAAUGUUGUUAACUGGGAAGUGAAAUCACUGUACAAAGUGGCCCUAUUUUUAUUCUUCUCUCUGGAUGUAAAGAUUAGCAAUGAUUUGUAAUAUUCCAAAUAAAAAUGUUAAAUUAUUUAGCA